UCCUGACGUAAAACCCAGUCUCUCUGGUGCCCUGUUGCAGGGGGUUUCCAUCAUGGCGUCGAUGCAGAAAAGGCUACAGAAGGAACUAUUAGCUUUGCAAAAUGAUCCACCUCCAGGAAUGACGCUGAAUGAGAAGAGUGUGCAGAAUACAAUUACACAAUGGAUUGUAGAUAUGGAAGGAGCCCCUGGUACGCUGUAUGAAGGAGAAAAAUUUCAGCUGCUUUUCAAAUUCAGUAGUAGAUAUCCUUUUGAUUCACCUCAGGUAAUGUUCACCGGUGAGAAUAUACCUGUCCAUCCUCAUGUUUAUAGCAACGGUCACAUCUGUUUAUCCAUUUUAACAGAAGACUGGUCCCCAGCGCUUUCAGUACAAUCGGUCUGUCUUAGCAUUAUCAGUAUGCUGUCCAGCUGCAAAGACAAGCGACGGCCCCCUGAUAACUCCUUUUACGUAAGGACAUGUAAUAAGAAUCCAAAGAAAACAAAAUGGUGGUACCAUGAUGAUACUUGCUAAUGUUCAGCUUUUGAAUACUCCUAGAAGAAGUCCUACUGAGUACAUAAGCACUUUUUUAAUCAUUCAGUCUUUGAACUUUGAACCUUUGACUGGAACAAUGGACACCAUGUGCUGGAGACCUCAUUGACUGCAUUUCUAAGUGGGCAGUUGGAUGCAUGUUUUAGCUGGUUGUUAUAACAAAAGGAACAUGCAGCACCCAACUUGCAUUGUUGGCAUAAAAGGUGUUAUGCAGAGAACGGAGAUUUUGUAGUGAGAUUAUUCCUAUUUAUUUUAUUAUGUUUUCUUUUGUAUUGAAACUUUUAAAGGCCCUCAUGUAUUGUGCAAUAAAACCAAUUAAUGCAUGCUGGGGCCUUCAAAGACAUGUCAAAUCCAAAUCAAAUAGAUUUACUGUAAGGGAUCUCUAGGCAUAUUAACCCCAUCUUUUUUUUUGUUUUAUGCAAGUGAUAUGCACUGUGAACAUACCUGUUGUGGCACAAUUUUGUCAUGUUUUGACAUUUAUUAAUAUUGCAACUGCUCACCAUACUUUAUAUUUAGGUAAUAGGUUUUCUUUUGCCCAGACAUUUUCUUGGUUCUUUCUCCCUGGACUUAUGAAGAGUAGUGCUCCUUUGUUUAUCAUUUAUUUACAAAUACUGAGCUGAUUAUCGGACUGCUUGGUUAGAUUGGUCGUAUUGUUAGAUAAUAUGUGGGCACACAGAAGGUUAAAACCGAGAAACUUGCUUUAUUAUGAAACUUAAGUGCUAGUCUCCAUAUACACGAGUUGAACUCCUCAAAUGCUGUUCACUAUCCCACUUUGAUGGCUCUGAAGGGUAUGAGAGCAAGACAAGACACCUUAUGUGUUAUGAAUGUGUGCAAAAUAAUGUAGUUUGUGCUGUGUUCAUUUUUAUUUGUUUAUCUUUUGUCAUAAAUUUCAUGCUUUAAUCGUGUAAAAUGCCUCUGAUUGUAAAUUUUCUUUAUUUACUUUUUUCUCUGACAAAUGGCUUUUUUGGAAUAGCUGACUUAUUCUGGAGGUCUUAUUUA